ACUCCGUCUAAUUUUCAUCUUCCAUCUCAACAGUCAAACCAUGGGCAGACGGCCACCAUCUCCGCCACAGCAAGCCUCUCCUUGUUGAUCGGUGCCUUUUACAGCUAACCAAUUAUAAACAUUCUGAAACCCACGGGUAGAGACAAAACCCAAGGCACCAACGGCAUCGGCCAUUUACAUCGACACACCAAACGUCCUGUGGCUUCACCGGUGCCCUGUCUCCUCGCACCACUACGAUGCCUGUGUUCCAAUCCAAGCCCUUCCGCAGCAGCGGGAGCAGCGCGGCAGCAAGAGAUCUCCCCUCGCGCAUCGCGGCGUGGUACAACCGCAAACAGGAACGCAAUCCGUUCCUGUACUUCGGGCUGCCGUUCAUCUCGAUCGUCGUUGCGGCCUCGUUCCUCCUCACCCCGGCCACAGCCCUGCGGUACGAGAAGCACGACCGUAAGAACAGACGGGUCUCGGACCACGAGAGGAUGGAGCUGGGCCUGAAGGGCGGGCCGGCGGGCGAGGGCGGGCUCACGUACAAUCCGCGACGACGCAAGAUCCUCAAGGGCGAGCUCAAUGAGCGGGACGAAUACUACAGGCUCAUGGCCAAAGACCUGGACAAUUGGGAGCAGAAGCGCGUGGAGCGCUGGAAGGGCGAGCCCGAUGGGAGACUGCGAUAAGAGGGCCCCAUAUCAAUUGGACAUACGAAGGCAUACGACUGUUGCCUUGGUUUGGUCUUUCAUCUAUUCUGUGGGCGAUACCGCGCAAGAAUCUUUACCCGUUCAGCUUCGGGCCCCUGUGCGUUACACCAAGUCCAGACCUCCGGACGAAUGCUCCGAGAUCUCGAUUCCUCGCAGCGGCGAAAGCAUGCAAUUGCUCGGAGCAAGAGCUGGUACACACAUCUCGCUUGGUCGACACCGCCAGAGAUGCAAUACGUGAUGAAUACUUGGACGGGCCGAGGCAACCAAACUGGCGGUGAGCAUACUUUCCAGUACUGCAUGGCCACAGCCUCAAGAGACGGCCGUGCGUUGAGCGGAACAUCAUCCCCGGGAGUCUAGGCUGCAAAGUACAAAUUUGCCCAUGGAGCUCUGGUGACACGAAACGCGUUCUGGAGUGGAACAUCUGUGGACAAUCAACAGUUGGUGGACGAGCUUGGUUUCUCAUGGUUUCCGAAAAGGGAAACAAGCACCUGAACGACUUGAGCCAAUGCCAUGGCGGCACGAGUCACCUGAAUGAGAGAGCUCGCUUAGAUGCAGGCCGAGAUGGGCGAGAAGAUUCUGGCCAUAGCAGGAGCACGGGCUGAAUGCAGGUGUGACGGAUGUGGAGGGAGAUGACGGCAUUUGAUUGCUUUGUGUGCACGGGGCGUCAUCUUCGGCUGCAGCCGACACGCAUGGCAGCCCCAGAUGACGAGCGAAACGUGUCGCACUGGUUGUUCCUCGAGUGUCGUUCGGAGUAGCUCGGUCUCAAUAUAGCACCACCAGAGGUCAUUUCUGGAAGGAGAUGGACCCUGUACCGAGUCUACACUGUGUAUUCCACCUGUGUAUUCCACCCCGUUACAGGAAAGCAUUCUUUGUAGACUUGCAAGGGUCGUGGAGGAACGGUGAAAAAAGGAAACAUGUGAACGUUUGGCCAGAAGGCCCCUUCUUUCUCCCAAACCGGGCAUCUCCCGACCCGCUGGGGACGCUCAGAAGCACGCCAGACACCGGCUGCAUUUCGUUAUCGUUUACGUUUUCGACAUGCCGGCUGAUGACUAGGGCACUUUUUGGGUGCAUGCGGUACCUGGGUAGUGCCCACGGCCGCAUUUCUAGUGUCGUCCAAAGAGCAUUUUGGUGCGAGUAAUGGUUGAGAAUGGGAGGGGGUUCUCUCUGGUGGUGGAUCAUGCCACUUUUGCCAGCGAGACCAGCGAGACCCUGAAGGGGCUAAGUUGGAUGUACUUUGUACUCCGUACUCUUGGACCAGGUGAGAGAAGGGUCACUCGAAAAGAUAAGCGAACAGUAGAAGGUGGCCUGGGUACCUACUUGUAGGUAAGUAUGACGUGGGGUUGAGGGAUGCAGUGGUCAGCCCUGUGAAUAAGGUGCGCCUCAGAGGUCUGUUGCAGUGAUGGAGGGAGUUUGUAUUUUGUCGGGGAAUUGGUGUUUCUGCCUGUCUGCGGUUGUCAAUUGUUAU